AUGGCAGCCAAUCCAGUCGUUCUCAUUCUUGGCUCCGGCCCCAGAGUUGGUGCUGCUGUUGCCGCGAAAUUCUUCAGCAGCGGCUACAAGGUUGCUGUCGCUUCCAGAGGUGGCACUGGCACCAAGAACAGCGAUGGAUAUCUCUCCCUCAAGGCGGACUUUGCCAAUCCCGCUUCGAUUCCGGCAUUGUUCGAUGCCGUGAAAGCCGAGUUUCAGGCCGCGCCGACCGUGGUCGUUUACAAUGCCGCGGCGCUCACUCCGCCCCCGGUCCAAGACAAUAUCUUCUCCAUCCCGGUAGAGACAGUGACCAAGGAUCUGAACAUCAACACGGUCAGCCCUUGGGUCGCCGCGCAACAGGCCGUGUCUGCUUGGGCGACACUUCCCAAGGGCACCAAAAAGACCUUCAUAUAUACCGGCAAUGGCCUGAACACCACAGUCAUCCCCGUACCCCUCAUGGUGGAUCUAGGCGUCGGCAAGUCAGCUUCGGCGUACUGGCUAGGUACUGCAGACGCUUUGUACUCUUCACAAGGCAUCCGCUUCUUUUACACUGAUGAGCGUUUCGAGGAUGGCAAGGUGAAGGGGCAGGAGCUCGACGGCCCGGCCCAUGCAGACUUCUAUGCACAGCUAGCCAGCCACCCAGACAACGUUCCCUGGCUUACAACCUUUGUCAAGGAUAAAGGUUACGUCCAGUUCAAGUAG